GUGCCGAUAACUUUGUCUCUCUCGGCUGUUACGCCAACUUCCUCGACACUGCCGGCAACACCUUCUUUCGCUUCAGCCCGCAGCCCUACAAUGAUCCCGAUGACCCCUCCUUAAGUUUCAACGGAUGGGACCCCGGCUCCCAUUGGGACUCUACGCAGACUCCUCUUGACUGUGCUCGCACCUGCAGAGCUUACGGUUACAAGUAUUCGGCCAUGAGGGACAAUAACUGUAACUGCGGCCUGCAGCUCCCGGCUACUGCUGUCUUGAACGUGGACCCUACGGCUUGCAAUGUUCAGUGCAGUGGCGACAGCUCUCAGACCUGCGGCGGUGGCCUCAACGCCCAGGUGUACCUUGAUCCUUCCUUUGCCGCACCGGCGCUGGUGCCAGUCGUUCCUCGUAACGUCAACUUGAGUGCGACCUACAAGCACCUCGGCUGUUACUUCUCUGGCGGAUUCAACACACAAAACGAUGACAGGGCCAGGCCACUCGUUGCUGACAUCGAGGCUUGUUUCGAAACCUGUGCCGGCUUGGGUUAUCCUCUUGUCUUCGGUGCCAGAGAAGGUACACAGAUCCGAUGCCAGUGUGGUACAAACUUCAACUCCGGCAACUAUCGCGUUGUUCCAUCGACUCUUCAGAACCCAGGAGACUGCAACGCCGAUUGCACAUUCGAUGAUUUGAAUGGAAACUGUGACCCAAAGACCCAAAAGUGCUGUGGAAGGAACUUGCACUAUCCCGUCUACGUUAGUUCUGAACUUCAAGGAUGCUACGUCCCCAAGACGCCGGGGUUCAAGCUAUCGCCCGAGCAGGCAGUUCAAAAUUGCUACGACCCACCGUCCAGCCUUCUGGGCCCCCCCAAGAACCUUACCACCGCGCUCUCGUUAUUAAAUUCGAGUAAUGUCAUUACCUCAACACCAUCACUCACACGCCCCUUGACUAUUAACACGGGUGCGAAUAACACCUGGUACUUAUAUGGGUGCUACGGUAAUUAUCCUGCACAGGUCCUCAGCCUCCCCUCACAGGGCGGAGCCUCAGAUUCUGGCCGAAUCAUUCAAAACAUUACCCCUGGCACACUCGAUGAGUGUGCACGACAAUGCGGUUUGAACAGUAGCUUCAACUACUUUGGCAUGGUUAACGGCCAGGACUGUUACUGCUCAACCUCUUUUAUCGCCCCCGGUAAUCUUGAUAAUAUGGGAACUUGCAGAGUCCCUUGCAAAAGUGAUGCUACUAAAGCUUGUGGCGGUCAAAAUAGCCCGGUUAUCUAUUCUCUGAACAACCCGAACGGCGUGUUCUCGGAACGCCGGGCGAAACUUGGUACCGGAUUUCCGACGUACACUUGUUCACCUCGCCAAGGUCCAGAAAUCGAGGAAGCUCCAAUCAAUUGCCCGGAUAACAAUGGGGACUCCAUUCUCACUGCCCAAAACCAAACUUUCCUUGUCGAGUGUGGUAUCGAAUAUCCCGGUGGCGACCUAGACACACGUUAUGUUGACAGCUACGCUCAAUGUGCUGCGGCUUGCUCCACCACCGCCGGCUGUGUUGGGUUUAUCUAUCAGCAUGGCCCUGCCGGAAACACCCCCAUUGGCGCACCGUGCUACCUCAAGGCACAAGUAGCAGUAUCUUCCCCUGUUUCAGGCUCCUCGGAUAACCGGGGCGGGAGAUUGACUGGCAGCGGUUCAGGCUCCGGCAGCGGUUCUGGCUCCGGCAGUGGCAGCAGCAGCAGCAGCACCAGCACCAGCACCAGCACCAGCACCAGCACCAGCACCAGCACCAGCACCAGCAGCACCAGCACCAGCAGCGGCUCCGGUAGUGGUAGUGGUUCUGGCACUGGCACCACACCAACAACCCCUCCCGCCACCGAUCUCGACGCCAUUACUGACAAGGUCUUUGGUCAAGCUUUACAGUAUGUCUUCAGCUCCUUCGACAAGGUUUUCGGCAUGAACAUUGACAACCUGUUCAACAACAUCCCAUUCUUCAACCACAGGCCAGCUGGCUCCACUCGUGCUGUCGCUACAAGCAAUGAUGAAAUCCAGGAUCUCGAGACCCUUACCAGCGAUCCUAUGGACGAUAUGGUUUCUGCUGCACAAGCCAACCCCGCCAGCGCUGCCAUCGGUUCAAAUGCCUUCAUCGUUGAUAUGCUCAGCAAUCUCAACCUCGGCGGUUUGUUGAGCUCUGUUCCGGGUCUUCAGAAUGUUCUCGGUGGACUGGAUCUCGGUAGCCUGAUUCCUGGAAACAUUCGCGCCCCCGAUCCGGCCACACCCCCGAUGACCGUCAACUUGGAUGAGCUGGCCGGCCUAGCCAACACCGUUCUUGCAGCCCUGAACACACUCCCCAGCGAUAUCGCCGUCCCUGGCCCUGUUGAUACCGACUCGCUGAUCACUCUUGCAGGUGCCAUUACUGAUGCGCUUACCACCGCUGCUGAUGGAUCCGGUCCUGGUGUGAUCAAUGGCAAAGGACUUUGCUGGCAUCCUCAACUCUAUUUUCGACUCAAUCAACGGGAUUGGAAGCAUCUUCCCUAAGAAGACUACUAGCAGCAGUCCCCAGCCACGUAUGACUGCUGCACCUACUCGACGCCUUCGAGCGAGGGACGUUGCCCACAUUGGCCCCCACCCAAC